GGAUCUACGGUAGUAAGACUGGAAGGCCCCUGCCACAGAGAUUAGUCUUUUUUUUCUAAAAAGGCAAUGAAACUGUCCCCAGGGCUUAAUUGGUCCAGGGCAGUAAGGCUCUAAGGCCCUAGAUGUAGCUUCUUGUUAUUUGGGGUGCCUCAUUUCACUGCAGUCCUGGCAUAAGUCCUAACUUAGCUUCAAGUAGGCAGAGUGAAUACAGAUAUUUGGAGAAGGGGAGUGGGAAGUGAUAGGCUCCUUUGCUUUCUACACCAAGAGGAGUACCCACAUUUCUAGAAGUCAUUCAUUCGACAAACAUUUAGCAGCUGAGAUGUAUCUUAACAUCAUGCUAAGAAAGCACUGGGUAUGACACACAGAUAGAAACACUCUCUGCCAUCCAGCAGAGAUAAGAUUAUCCACAUCUCCGGUUUUCUUUCCAGUAACACAAAUGUGGAUCAAAAAGGGAAUGCAGAGUUGUUUUCUUAAUAUUUGAGCCCUUUAUAACAUAUGAGAACAUCAAAAAUUAUGGUAAGGAAGAGCUGAGUUCAAAUGCUGCCUCAGAUACUAACUAGCUGUGUGACCUUGGGGCAAGUCACUUUAUCUCUCAGUCUCCUCAUCUAUAAAGGAAUAAUAAAAGUUCCUACUUCACAGGGUUGUUCUGAGGAUCAGAUGAGAUAUAUAUCAACCUAGCAAAUAUGCUACUGAGACAUGAGGCUCAGUCAUUAAGAAGCAUUUCAAGGGGGAGACUGCCAUCUUUCUAGCUUAGGGAAGAAAGAAUAUUGUUUCUGUCCAUCCAGGGAGAGAGGGUCAAGACUAGUAUUUCUUACAAUUCCAGAAACCAAGGGAAAAAGAGAGAGUAUAAGGGACUGCAGUAGACAGAAAAUCUGCUUAUUUGAAGGGAAGGUGUAAUUGGCAGUCUUAUCCAAGAGCUACUCUCUUAUACCAUUUAAUGAAUUGCUAUGGUCUACUGAUGCCAUUGCCUACUGGGCAAACACCAUGGUUGCAAGCUUGAAGUGUUCAGGGAGGACUGGCAUCGCUGGUCUUGAGCAGAGCUGCUCAUCCAUCUUUGUCCAUUUGUCCACUGUGGUUCCAGGAAGCUGUAGCAUUCACAAAUAGCCACAUCCUGGUAAAACCAUCUCUGGAGAAGAGCUUAACCAGGUUGAGAGUAACCAACAGGCUUCAAACCCAUCAGUGACUUAAGAGGACAUCUACCCCCAAACAUGUAAAGACUUCUCUUGAGCAGAAUAGGUGAGUAAGAACAAUUUGUUCCAAUAUGACAUGGAAGGUGCCAAGUUUCUCCACUGCAUCUUGGGCCAUCAAUAGUUGUCCUGACUUUCGUCUUAGCACUGGACUUUUAAUGACUCUGGAAGAGAGAGUGAAGCUACUGACCUCAAACAAAUCUGCCUCACUUAAUGAGCCAAGACAUCACCCCAUGAUGUCAUUGGUCCUCUUCUAAAAUGAAGGACAAACAACAACUUUCCUAUUACCUACAAACAUGUCCAUAAUACAUUCACAUGUCCCUCCUCAUCAAAAACCUCACUAGAUCCAUCUAUGUCCAUUAACCAUUGUCCUCUAGUUCUUUCCUUUUGUGACUAAAUUCCUCAACAAGACCAUCCUAACAAUCUGUGCCGCCACUUCCUUUCUUCUCAUUCUCUUAUCUACUAAAAAUAUUCCAAACUCAUCAUUCAACUGGAACUGCCCUCUCCCAAGAUAUUAAUAACCUCUUAAUUGCCAGAUAUAAUGACCUUUUCUCAGUUCUCCUCCUUUUUGACCUUUCACUAGACUAUCAAGCAGAGUCUCUUCACCUCAAAAAGCUUUUCUUUUCAGGUUUUCCUUAAAUCACUGUCUAUCUCAGUUCUCCUACCUAUCUUACUGCUCCUCACUCCUUCCUCCCAGUCUCACCUUCUAACUGCUAAUAUCUCUCAAGGCUCUGACCUGGGCCCUUUUUUAAAUUCUAUAUAUGUUAUUUAACUUAGUGAUCUUAGCCUGUAUGGAUUUAAUUAAUUAUCAUCUCUAUGCAGGCUUCUCUCCUGACACCCCCUUCACCCACAUCUCCAACUGUCCAUAAGAUUUCUUGAAACUGGAUGUCCAAUAGAAGUCCCAAAUUCAAAAUUUCCAAAACUGACCUCAUUAUCUUUUCCCCCAAACCACCAUCCUAGUGUAGAUUACCAACUGCUCACACUUGGAAAUAGCCUGCUGGUGGGUCUGCCCACCUCAAGUCUCUCCCUAUUCCAAUAUAUCCUCCAUUCAGCCAUAAAGUGAUUUUCUUAAAGCACAUAUACACAUCCUACUCAGUAAACUCCAGUGGCUUCUUAUUGUGAAGUGAGGUAAACUAAGUCAAUGAUCAGUAAACCUCUCUGGGGAAAGCAGAAAUGAGCUUUCCUGUGAAGUCAGUUCAGAACCAAAACAACAUACAGGCAGUAUGCAUGAGAAAGUAACUCCCUUACAUACAAAGAAGCUAGUCUAGGAUAAGCUAUACAAUGGGGUGCACCACUUCAAUUACCUUCAGAAGCAAAUGCAAAAUGCUCUGUUUGGCAUUCAAAGCCUUCAUUAACCAGCCCCCUCAUUCCUUUCACUUCCAGACUGGGGGCAUUUUUUCUGGCUGUCCCACAGGCCUGCAAUGCACUUCCCUUCCCUGCUCCAACUACUGAGCUUUCUGGCUUCCUUUAUGUCUGAAAUCCGGCCUUCCUCAAUCCUCAGGUUUUGUUGGGGUUUUUAAACCCUUCCCUUCACUCUCAGAAUCAAUAUUGUGUAUUGGUUCCAUGACAGAAGAGCUAAGGCCUCGUCCAUAGUGGUUUAGUAAUUUGCCCAUAUUCGAAACAAGGAUCUACUGGUUCUCUAUCCCCUGAGCCCCCUAGCCGCCCCCUCUGACCCUCUUAAUUCUAAUGCCUAGAAUUCUAGUUUCCUGUGGGAAGCAAGUCUGUGCCCAGCUGUUCACCCAUCGGCGCCGCCAUGAGGCUGCGGAAUCGGACUUCUCCGAGCGCGUUUCCGGUGCAUAGUAGGAGCUCAAAGAACCCGUCCACUUCGAGGCUCUGAGUCUUCAAGGCACAGUCACCAGCCCCUCCCCGUCAGCAGGGUGCCCCACUCCAGGAGCUGAACCGGAAGCGCUCGCGCUGGCCCCGCCCCUCCUGGCGCCGAGUUUCCGCCGCAGAAGGGGCCGGUCACGCUCGCUCCAGAUCUCUCUCUGCAGCCAUCUUGGAACCGCGUUCCUCUCACAAAAUGCCCGGCGAAGCGACAGAAACCGUCCCAGCCACAGAGCAAGAGUUGCCCCAGCCCCAGGCUGAGACAGGGUCUGGCACAGAAUCUGACAGUGAUGAAUCAGUACCAGAGCUUGAAGAACAGGAUUCUACCCAGGCAACCACACAACAGGCCCAGCUGGCAGCAGCCGCUGAGAUCGAUGAGGAGCCAGUCAGUAAAGCAAAACAGAGUCGAAGUGAAAAGAAAGCACGAAAGGCUAUGUCCAAACUGGGACUUCGACAAGUGACAGGUGUUACUAGAGUCACCAUCCGGAAAUCUAAGAAUAUCCUCUUUGUCAUCACAAAGCCAGAUGUCUACAAGAGCCCAGCUUCAGAUACCUACAUCGUCUUUGGGGAAGCCAAGAUCGAAGAUCUCUCUCAGCAGGCACAGCUAGCUGCUGCUGAAAAAUUCAAAGUUCAGGGUGAAGCCGUCUCAAACAUACAGGAAAAUACACAAACUCCAACCGUACAAGAAGAAAGUGAAGAAGAAGAGGUUGAUGAAACAGGUGUGGAGGUGAAAGACAUAGAACUGGUCAUGUCCCAAGCAAAUGUAUCCAGAGCAAAGGCUGUCCGAGCCCUAAAGAACAACAGUAAUGAUAUUGUAAAUGCUAUUAUGGAAUUAACGAUGUAACAAUCUGGAGACAAAGACAUUUUUUUCAGUGUUUCAGAGAAGAUUAAAUGCAACCUGAUUUGAAAUUUGUACUGUUUCUAUCAAUAAAGUUGUGGCUUCUUGUUGGAUGAA